AUGGCUGGAGCAUCUUAUACUCAAGAAGACGGCGCGCUAGAAGACUGUGUUCUUUCUGUGUUACUUAACCCUAUUCGUGAUCUGACAGAGAAUUGGGAAAUUAAUUUGGCACGAUACCUUCAGGAAUACCAUGACUUGCUGGUUGAAAAUAGUUUAAAUGCUCAGGAAAUUCUUAGUGCCAUCAAUUUUGCGAAAGCUGCACUCGUCAUUCAAAAAUCUGCUGACAUUUAUGGGAAGAAAGUGGAUUACUUGUGGCAGAUAUUGCAUAAUGUUUUAGAUACCAUUAGGAACCAGAGAAAUGAAACUGACCCUGCAAAACCUGGUGCACCAACGAAGAAAGGCAAGGAGGGGAAAGACAAUGCCCAUGUUUCUACAGAAUUCUGUUCUUUAGAUGAUGAAUACGGCGCUUCUGCUGGGGACAUAAACAUACAAGCACGCGAGACACGCAGUAAGGUCAAGCUACUUCCCGUGUACAAUCCGCAGCUAGAUUCCUUUCUGAGUGUAAAGAAAAUAGAACUUUAUGGGCAGAGGGGUAACGCAGUCGGUAAUAAAUAUGAUUUCAGAGUCAAUAAAUACCUGUCAUCCACUGGACUGUUAAUUAGUGAACCAGAAUUAAACCAGUGUUCAGGCGCACUAGAAUAUGAUUACGAUGAGUUAUCAAGCCCUUCACCGGAACCUGUACCUGCAAUUGAACAACUUGAAACUAUUCCAAUGGAAAUUGAUCCAGAACCUGUCGAAAAUUGUGCCAUCGAAGUAUGCACACUACCAGCCGCACCAAGUCGAGAAGAAAUAGUUGAAGUUGCAACAGAUCAAGAGCAUGAGAAGAACAAAGCAGAAAAUUCUAGAAAAAAGGGAACUGUAGAGGUUGUUAAUGAGAAUCGUACUGGAUGGGAUAGCAUUGUGCAAAAAGAUGAGAGAGAAAGGGAACUGCAACCAAGACCUACAGUUCAUAUGCCUUCUGCCACUGAGUACAUUUCAUCUGUGUUGCAAAAGAGACCUCCUGCUGACAAUAACGCAGGUAUGGAAAGAAACAAAAGACCACCUAGUUUUUUGUCAUUUUUUGCAAAGGAUAUAAUUUCGAAAGGGAAGAAAAAAGUAUGUUACUUAGCGUUUCAAGAGUAUUGCUGUUUACCAGAGCAGAAACGGUCUAAAGAAUCAGUCGAAUUAAAUCUAGACGAUGUUAUGAGGGACGUGGCUAGCGAAUUUGGCGAAGAAGACUUUUGCGGAUUUGAAGAGCCUGUGGUUCUUGAAAACGAGGACGACAUUAAUUUCGAAGUGAAUGAGGUCGAUGAACUGCCACUACUCGAAUGUUUACCUCCACCCUCCGACGUGCCUGCACCAAGUUACGCGGAAUUUGUUAGAGAGGCAAUUGUCGUUCCAGCAGUAACAGCAGAGGUCGCUGAAAGUAUAACACAGAUUGUAAAUGAAUGGCAUGAUUCCAUAAGACAUAUUUUGAAGGCAUCACAGGAAAGAGGUCAUUUUAAUAUUCAUAAGUAUUGUGAUUUAGUGCUUUCUCGAUUCCCACAUACGGAGGAACACCCAGUUUUGCCUUUCAGUGAUAUAGUUGGCAAUGAACCAGUCGAAAAUGUUUCACGCUAUUUCCUGGCAACUCUUAUGCUUGCCAAUGCGUAUAAUGUGGAAAUAAUAAGGACCAUUGACGACCCUCUAGCAAUGGACUGUAUGAGCGCCAAGCUUCUUACGAGAGUAAGAGAUAAUGAACUCUUGAAAGAGAUGUACGAGUGAAUUCAUCCCAUUACAAAUGAUUCUCAAGGUGACAUUCUGAUUUCCAUUUUAAUGUCUAGAUUCAUCAGAACUUCACAUCAGGAACGGUAGUUAUUCUGGCGCAUAAAAUUGUUUUUACAAACACGAUAAUUGUUUGUAAUACUGUACCAAAGUAAAAAAGGCGCCAUAAAAUCGUGUUGAAGUAAUUUAUUUUUAGAGUUUUUCUUUUUAAAUUUGAAAUGAGCCUGUCGGUUAUGUGAAUGUAAGUUCGUUACGUCACACCGGCUCUGCGCAUGCGCCAGCUAGCGGCUUCUACCGCUCUGUGUGUAACAUUCGCGCCAAAAUAGUUAUCUGGCUAGGCGUUGUACGUGUGGAUUACUGUUCUAAACAUGCCGGCGAGAAAAGGAAAACGCUCAGCUACAAAGACGCCCGCCGCAGAAGCAGCUAAAACGGCAGAAUCUACAGAUGCAGAACAGAAAAAGCCUCGUAGAAGUCCUAAAAAGUCUCAAGCCCAGCCUGCAUCACAAAACGUGGAGGAGGCUAAAACUGCAACUACGUUAGAGGAGGGCGAACCUGCACCUAAGAGGGCCAGAGGCAAGCAGAAGGAUAAAACUGAUGUUGCAGAUGGCCAAGAAUCUAAGAACACUCCCGAAAAACGCGGAAGAGGUAAAACUGAGUCACCGAAGAAACCAAAAUCUGGUGAGGCACGUAAGUCAGUAGCGAAGAAAGGAUCGCCUCGAGUUGCAGCAAAACCUAAACGCGGCGCGAAAGCCCGGAAAUCUGGUGGAAAGACUGCCUCUGCAAAGCGCAAGUGAUUUCACAUUGAAUCAUUAUCCAAAAGUUAUUAAGGCACACUUUUCCUGAAGGCGCGUGGAUAUUUCUAUGAUUGCAGAAAAUUUUACAACUUCAGUAAUAUACAAUAUUACAGAUGAACUUUUAAUACUAAAAUAUGUCUGUAAAGGACAUAGUUCACUCUUUUUUAUAUAAUUUGUGUAUUUCAUGAUUGAGUGGCUUUUGUGUAACGGCCACACUUGAAACCAUUUGUUACCAGAGUAUGAAAUAGUAGAAAAAACAGAAUUGUAAUAUAGCGUAUAAAUAAGAUGCAGCAUACCUUCACUUUUUAAUAUUGAUGAUAGAAACAAUAUUUUGAUAUUAAUGACAUCUUAUCUAGAGAGAUUGUAAUAUAUUUGCCAUGAUAAAUACAGCUGUACUGGCCUGAGUUCUAUGUUUUAAUACAACUAACUUGUUUUGUAAGCAUAUGUUAAGCACAACGUAAAUUUUUUUAAAAAUAUUUUGUUGUGAGGAUUCCCCCUCGAGAAAUUGAAAAAUAACUUGUGGAACUUUAUAUAUGUAAGCAUAUGUAUUUUACAUAUAUUUCACUUGUUUACAUUUGAAUGGAAUGGUUGAGUAGCGUGUGUAUAUGGCUCAAGGGAGGGGGGCCAUCUGCCGUGUUUGCUGCUGCACUGUUAUCUUAAUUCUGUGUCAACAUGCUUGUUUUUUGUGAUGUAUUUUUUUUUCUUUAGACAAUAAAUUACAUUGUCUGCGCGCAUUUACCACUUCACUAUUUAUGUACAAAAGGUAAAUAAACUACUGUCACUGA